CCGCACCGGGACCGCGGGAGACGGAGCGCCCGCCGGCGGGGCUGCAUGGGGCUCCCGCGCGACCCGCUCUUCUGGCUGCUGCUCCUGCUCGUGGCCUCCUGCUCGGGGAUCCUCCUCGCCCUGUUCUCCUCGGUGGGGAAGCCGCACCCGGGGCCCCGGUCCGGAGCCAGUACAGCCCAAGAACCUGUCUGUUUCCCUGACGUCUGCGCUGUAGCCAAAUCCCAGGAAGCAGGUCAGGACUUGGCCUGUUGGAGGAGCACCACGGCACCCCAGGCGUUCUCUGGACCCAAGGCCACGAAUGCGAGGACAAGCAAGGGCCAGCCCUGCAGACGCCCUCUGGCUCUGGCCGCCCGGCGGCACCCGCACUUCCGGGACCUGUUUGACUUCUCCCAGCCAGUGCUGCUCUCCGGGGGCCUCUUCACCCAGGAGCUGUGGGACAGCCUGAGCCAGCGCAAAGCCCCCUACGGCUGGCAGGGUCUCUCCCGCCAAGACAUCGCCUCCACCCUGAGCCUCCUGAAUGGCUCCGAGAGCACCCAGCUGUUCGGCCCCGCGAGGCCGCGCCAGGGCUGCGUCCGGUGUGCCGUGGUGGGCAACGGGGGCAUUUUGAACGGCUCCCGCCAGGGUCUGAACAUCGAUGCCCACGACUACGUGUUCAGACUCAAUGGUGCUGUGAUCAAAGGCUUCGAGGAGGAUGUGGGCACCAAGACCUCCUUCUACGGUUUCACCGUGAACACAAUGAAGAACUCGCUCAUCUCCUACAAGAAGCUGGGCUUCACCUCCGUGCCACAAGGACAGGGCCUGCGCUAUAUCUUCAUCCCCUCCGACCUCCGCGACUACGUGAUGCUGAGGUCAGCCAUUCUGGGGGAACCUGUUCGCAAGGGCCCUGACGAAGGGGACAGGCCUCAGACCUACUUUGGACCGGAAGCCUCUGCCAGUAAAUUCAAGCUCCUCCACCCAGGCUUCAUCAGCUACCUGACAGAGAGGUUUUUGAAAUCUAAGCUGAUGAACACAAAUUUUGGAGACCUAUAUAUGCCUAGUACUGGGGCCCUCAUGCUGUUGACAGCUUUACAUACCUGUGACCAGGUUAGUGCCUAUGGAUUCAUCACGAGUAACUACUGGAAAUUCUCUGACCACUACUUCGAACGAAUAAAGAAGCCACUGAUCUUCUACGCAAACCACGACCUGUCCCUGGAAGCAGCCCUGUGGAGGGACCUGCAUGCGGCCGGCAUCCUUCGGCUGUACCAGCGCUGACCCUGGACCACUGAGCCCUCCGCUCUCGCAGAGCUGGGGGCAGAGUCCCCCCAAUCCUAGAUCCACUCCUUCCCCGCCGAUGACAGGGGUGGCUUUGUGACUGUCACAAAUGUUGUGGAAUACCCCAUCUUGUCCUUGGCUCAUCCAAGAAAACUCCCCUGUGGCUCUGAGACAGACACUCCAACGUUGGUCAAGGGCAAAUGGCCGCUCCACUGGAUUUGUUUAAAACUGAAGACGUCACUCCUGAGAUGUGAAUGUCAGCGGGCGGGGCUGAGUGCCUCGAGGAAGCGGAGGACCCUGAAGUCAAAUGUUACAGGCAAAUGCACACUUCCCCGGCCCAGAGCCUCCAUCACACCGGGCCCCACGCAAACACCAGGACACGCCUUCACCUUCCUGAGAACCUGGCCAACCUACACCUGCCCCACGAUGAAGUGGGAGUUCCACAGGCAGGAUAUUAAUUGGAAACUAGGCAAUGGCAUAAACGAUGGACGACCAUUCCGUUUUUCCGUGUGUUGGGGGAGGUGGUACGCCACGCAGGGGCACAGCAGGGAGAGCACUCAGAGAAUUCGAGAACACGGGGAUGUUCUGGAAUCCGGGUGGGGCCAACCACACAGAAGGCUGCCUGCCUCUGAGGGAAUUCCCCUCAGACGUGGUGCCACCUCGUUACCAGGUGAAGAACCAUUAUCAGGUACGAAGCAUCGUGGCUUCGCUGAUUUGAACUGGACAGGCAGUUUCGUGUCAGACACUACACAGGACUUUCCUGGAGGCCAGCCCUGGGGUUUACCGUCGUGAUGCCUAGUAGCUUUUGCACAGGGCAGAGUGGGGGACGGGGUUGUCUCCACAGGGCCCGCCAGUGGGAGCCUCCCCCGGGGGCAGCCCCCGCCCUGCUCACUUCUCCGGGCCCAGCUCCUGGCCUCUGGGAUGGGAGGCUGAUCCCAUCAGCCAGGGUAACAAGAGGGAGGGGCUCUGUCACUGGCAUCAAAAUGCUGCCACCUUAGAAACUCAGACACUACGAGAACGGGCACUUUGGGCUGGAAGGA